AUGAAGACUUCAUCUGAUUUUGAGUCAGAAGCAUCCAAAGAAGAAGGAGAAGAAGAACCAUAUGAAGAGUAUGAGGUAGAGAUUGACCAACCUUACAUUGAUGCUACUGCAUCUGGUGGGUCAGCUGAUAAAGCGAGAGUGUUCAAUGUUGGUGAUAAAGUACUUGCCACCAGCUAUAUAAAAUCUAGCAGCAUCUUGCUUGAUGAAGAUUAUGAGGCAAAAAUUGCUGAUUUUGAUGUUACAAGGUUUGUUGGCACACAUGGUUAUAUUGCUCCAUCUAAAUCAGGAUGUUGUCAUGCGGCAACAAGUGAAGUUGUGGGAGCCCUCUUUACGCUUCACCAGGAAUGUGUUCUAUUAGACACUCAAGGUUUUGGGAAUAAUCGGAAAAUAACCACAUUUAUCGGUGGUUUGGUCUUAUGUGAUGGCAGAUAUGUACACCCGAGCAUAUGA